AUGUCUGUGAUAUCUCCAACUAUCAAGUAUGAUCCUUCAAAGAACGAUAUAAUCACUUUUGCAGGUGGUUGUUUUUGGGGUACUGAACGUUUGUUCAAACGGUUUUAUGGCCAUGGUGUUGAUGGGUUAAAAGUUGGUUAUGGUAUUGGUCAAGUUGACGAUAAAGAAUCAUUGAGCUAUGAACAAGUUUGUUCUGGAGAAGCUGAUUAUGCUGAAGUCUUACAAGUGUCAUAUCAUAAGGGAGAUCAAGCCAUAUUGAAAUCAUUGUGUGAAUUUUUUUUCAAAGUUCAUGAUCCAACAAGUUUGAAUUCUCAAGGUGAUGAUCAUGGAAGACAAUAUAGAUCUGCUAUUUUUUAUCAUGAUGAAUCUCAAAUCCAAGUUAUAAAUAAUGUUAUUGAAGAGUUUCAACCAAAAUGGGAUAAUAAAAUAGUCACUGUGGUGGAGAAAAUAAUGAAAUAUUUUGAUGCUGAGGAUUAUCAUCAAGAUUAUUCAGAAAGUGAUUUGGCUAAUGAAAAGAAUUGGAUUCCUUGUGAAACUCAUUUUGUUAGGGAAAUUUAA